CUUCCCAAUAAUACACAGGAAACUAAUCGAUCAACGGAUAACGAUGAAUCGUUUAUCGACGAAUGGAACUUACAAUUAAUCCAAGUGAAAUCCAAUUGAACUUACAAAUUCGAGAAAAUAACAAAACAAUUAUGCAAGUGCAAAAAUCCGUAGUACUAGGAAGUUGUAUAUCUCGGUCGUAAAAUUUCUUCUUUAUCAUUGCAACCGCAUUUUACGUUUCAUUUACAGAAACCCAGUGCCACAUGAAUGUAUUUUUUGAUGCGGGUACAUGACACUGUAACCAAUUACAAUGAUUAGAAUUGCGGUCACGCAUAAAUCAGGAAAAGUACCGUGUCUAAAAUUAUCAACGCCAGUUAUAUUGAGCAAGCGAGUAUGAAUUUUUCCACACCAUCUACUCCACGAAUUGCUACGAAGAAUAAAAAAAUUUACAAAUAAAAAAAACGUGAUGCGAGUAUAAUGGAUUGUACGAAAUGAAUUACGGAGUUAUUCAAAUUAUUUUACGUACGUAUAUACAGUAAAAAUAGCCGACGAAGUCUACGUAAUUUUUUUUUUUUUUCUUUUUUUUCCGGGCAUACGCUAUUCACGUAUUUGCGUCAGUAAAUGAAAUUCUAGGUAUCAAAGAAUUAUUAUGGCAGCUGCACGACGAUCAUGUGAGACCGAUAAUUUUCGUAUAUAUUGUCGUAUGCAACGAUGUUCGAAUUCUAAUUAGGGGGUAAUUAAUUUUAUUGAAUUGCCGAGACCUGAAUUUACGAAAAGAUAUGUUUCGUACAGUUUCUGAAACUUUGGAUGAAGGAAAAAAUACGCAAUACCAAUAAAUUUGACCCACAUAGAAAUUUUUAUUUUAUCGAAUAAAAAGCGCACUGAAAGGAUAACAAACGUACCAAUAAAAUGUGAGUUUGAAUAGUCACCUGAUUUUUAAGUACGUUCAUAACCGUCAGUCGGUUCAUUAUUUUUCAGAUCACGAGGUUAAUAUGAUCAUUGAUUUAUGAAACAUUGAUACAACAACGAUACCGGUAGCUUGCGAUCUCAAUCAAAAAAAUAAAUAUUAUUCAAAAUUUUUAAGGCAAUUAUUAUCACACCGAUUAAAAUUUUCGAUAAAUAGAAUUAAACCUAUCACGUGAUGCGACUUGAAAUUUGAAAAGAUAUAGAUCAGAAUGAGUAAGGAGAAUUUGGAAUUUCUCAGCGAUUCGCGUGCAUCCGGAUUUUAAAGUCAUUCCAUAAUAUUCCGUUGAUCUCAGCCCUCUUUUUUCUCACCAUUCCUCCGGGGGAAGGUGUAAUGUGAAUUUGUUAUGUGAAAGGCUCGUUACGAAGGAAUCGCAAAAAAACGGUGCGUACGUUAGAUUCAUUGAUAAAAAUUCUGAAGAGUGAUAUCCAAAGAUCGAUCGUGGGGUAGUUUUUCACCGUGCAAAAGCACCCCCCCCGGAUGAUGGUGCACUCUGCUGAUGGUAUUUCGAACUAGGCGCAUACCUCAACGUGAUCCACUUGAGCAGCAAGUGCGUCGAGACGCUCUCGGCGGGUGUCGACCAUUGGGAGGGGUUACUAUAUGGAAAUAAUUCCUGAAUGGCGACAAAACAUUAAUAAUAAUGUAAUAGAUUAAUAAAACCCAGACUUGAAGUUAUUGUAAAUUUUUUUAUUUGAAAACCUAUAAUUUUUUACGCGAGUGAAUUAAAAUCCAUUGAGACUACCGUCACCUGAGAAUCAUACAUCGAAGUGCUUCCGCAGCGUCGCUCGUCAGAUAGAGUAAAACAGAUCUGUAAAAAAUUUAAAAGAAAAAAAAAAUUCAAAUUGAAUAUUGUUACAUGGCAAAGUUGCAGUUGUUCAUUGAAUAAAAUUCAAAAGAGAAAAAAUCCUCCAUUUUCAUUAAAAAAAAAAUGAAAAUAUUCGAAACAAGUGGACCAAGAAAAGACUGAAAAGACGAUUAUCGCGAGGUUGAACGUAGUAGAAGACGAUGUCUGGGUUUUGAAGAUCGCGUGCAUACUCGAAAAAACGAAAAAAUGUUGACUGUGAUGUGCCCGAAUUGUCGCCACCGAUUCCCGGCACCUGGGUGUUGCAAUUCGUCGGGUUCCGCAGUCGUCAUGCCAAACUCGACCAUGGAGCAAUUCACGACCUCUUGUCACUUGCACCCCUCGGCUACGUGUUCUGGAAACUACUGUACGGGCGCAAGUGGAGAUUAUCUCGUUCCAAGAGGUUACCUGAGCGGCGGAGGAUGCGUGAUAAAUGCUCCAACGAUUAUUCAUAGCCCUACGAUAAUUCAAGGAAUCGGAAACCACCAACAGGAUAAUACGAGUCAGAAUAGACUCUCUAAUUUGAUACUCCGUAGCGAUCAGCAACCGCUAAAUAGUCAGAAUAAUAAUAUUAAUAUAAAAAUAUAUCCGGAUCAACAGAGAUCACAAUUUCCGUCAGACAAUGACGCAAGGAUUCCGUCCCACUGCCAAAUCGCAACAACCUGCCGCGAUAUUACAGGCGGAAGUGUAUCGAUAACCACACCCAGUAUACAGUCAGGAGGUUGCGUUGUAGAGAAUAUUGACUCGGGGAUUUCUGUGAAAGCACCUCGGGUUCAUAGUAUAGUAAGGCCAAAGGGAGAUGAGCUAAAUUUGCAGCAUGGAAUCUUCCAGAAUCCACAUCCGAUGUUAUAUCCCCCUCCGAGUGGUUGCCAGGAGCUUCCUGGAACGCGGAGAAGUACUUCUAUCGAUGAUACGACACUAGGAAAUACUUCGACUAUAAAUGGAACGCCCCUUGCUGGUCAGGGUACCGCUAGUACUAUGCGUCCCGAAAGUUCGAACGUCUUCGAUUUCAAGGUGGCCGACAAAAAUGGAUCUACCUUAGAUUGGACCAGGACGAAAAAUCCUACCGGCGAAAAGGGCGAGGAACUUCAAAGAUGCAGCGUCACGUUUUCCGCCGAUUCUAAUCGAGCCAAUAUUACCGCUGGACUUCAAGGUGCCGCCAAUUUCAAUCUUCAGGCUUCCGCUAACUCCGUGAAUGGCACCGAUUCGGGUAUCGCAAAUCCCCACGGAGUAAUAUCAUCGGGAAAUGGUACCGUGAUUCAAGUAAACGCCACGCUCCAGCUUCCUCUGAAUAUUGAAAAUUGUACCGUAAGCAUAACAGCGACUGCCAACACUUUGCCAAGUUCAAGCAGAAAUGUGAGGAACAAUUUCAACGGAGGUGGUAUAGUCGAAGCGGACGUAUCGUCGGGAUUUGGAAACGUAGGAAUCGUAAACGUUUGCGACAGGGACGAAGAGAGUCCGACGACACCUGUCUCGUGGGUUUUACCUUUUCCGUGGGGCAUGAAUGGAAAUACAGGUAACAACAGCAGCGAUUUGGAAAAACUCAGUUCCGCUCAAAGGGUUUUACAAAUGUCAGGAUGGUACCACGAAGGACUUAGUUGGCAACAGAGCGCUUCACUUUUGAAAAAUGCACCCGUUGGUUCUUGGUUGAUGAGAGAUAGUUCUGACAAACGUUUUAUGUACGCCGUAUCCGUUCAAACUGCCCGAGGUCCAACCGCCGUAAGAGUUCAUUACGUGUGCGGAAGAUUUCGUCUCGACGCCGAACCAAGAAUGGCACCAUUGAUGCCGAUGUUUGAAUGCCCCAUAAAAAUGAUCGAACAUUACAUCGAGUAUCCGAAAAAAAUUGAACAGCAAAAAGAGGUUUGGGUCGAUCACAGCGGCCAACUUUAUAGCCAAAUAUAUCUGACCAAACCUUUUUUGAGGGAGGUGAGAUCUUUGUCGCAUUUGGCGAGACUUGCCGUUAACAGAAGCAAAAUUUCCACAAAAGAGCUUCCCACGCCACUUAAGGAUUAUAUCGCGGAAUAUCCUUACUCUGUCUGAUACAAAAAUAUCUAUGUUAACUACGUUGAUUUAGUAUUAUUAAGUUAUUACAACGCGUUAAAAUAUCAUUUUAGCAUUAUAUCACCUACGGCAGCUGCUGGGGUGGGAAAAAAUAAUCAAAUAUGGAGUUGGAAAAUCUUCUAGUUCGUCCCCAUUAUUUAGAUAUCCGUGUACAUAUUUGUGAAAACUCCAAUUUGGUAUUAUAUUUUUUGCAUACUUCGCAAUUCCGUAUUAACUAACGAGAACUAAUAUGUAUAGCGCAUCCUCCAAUACUUUAUCAACAAACUCAAAGUAUAUGAUUGUGUAUGUAUAUAAGUAUGUACACUUAAUGUAUUUGAUAUAUAUAUGUACACAAAUUAUAUCGAAUAGUUGGGAUUUAUCUUUACGAAUAUGAGGAUUAAGGACGUCAAAUCUCAACUAGCCAGGUUCCUAGAUGCUUGAUUGAAAAAGGAAGGAUUAAAAUAAUAAGCAAACAAAAAAUCAAGAGUAAGAAGAUAAAGAAGAUUUAUUCUAGAAGUUCACAAAAACUUAAUAAAUAAACAUAUAAACAGAUAACUAAAAAAAGAAAAAGAACAAUGAGUGACACGAAUACAAUGGCUAUUAGGACUACUCGCAAGUAACAUAAAUCUCAGAUUCGUAGUUUUUUUCUUUAUGUAAUUAACGAGCCAUUAAAUUAUUUUAUCAAAUUAAGUUUGAAUAAUUGAACAACAGACAACCUAACAAAAAUUAACCGUAAUAGCAUUAACAAUAAUAAUGAUAAUUUAUAAUAAAUCAAUAAAUUCUGUAACCAAAGAAUUGGAGGUGUUAGACAAAAAGAGAGUGGCUCUAGUAUUAUUACGACACAAUGUUUUAAAAGCGAACAUUUUAUUACAUAUUAACAAAACAUGAACAGAACAAAAAUAUUUUUCACUGGCUCUCGAUCAUUUCAUUUUAUUUUAUUUCUUAUUACCCAUCUUUGACCAGUGCUGAAAUAACGUUUCAUUACAUAACUCAUUGUCAGUAACACGUUCGCACAUAUAUUCAAAUAUCAUGAAUAUAUAAUUUACGGUAUAAAUUGUUAUCGUAUAUACAUACGAAAGUGAACAAAAUGAAAAAGAAAAGGAAUGUGAGAAACAUUGGAAAAACUUAAAUAAUACAAUAAUAAUCAUACUGAUGGCACAUAAAGUGCGAAGAGAAAAUACCUGCGAAAGACUCAAGGUACCAUAUACAUACCCAGUUUUGGCUCAUCAAUGUAUUGUAUAAAAAUUAGAUACAUAUUUGUGCAUGCAGAAUGCUUAUGUGUACCUAUGUAGACAUAUACAUAGACUGAUGAAGGUAUAUCUUUUCGCUACAGAACCGAAAAGCUAAAAAAAAACGAUGUCGAUAUCUCGUUGAUUACUUUUACAAUAAACGAACUAAUAAGGAAAAGGGACGUAAUUGAACCGUACAAAAGAUGAGAUACUUGAACAGUUCAAUGUGUGAAUUUUUAUCCUCCUCAAUUAUUAUCACAUCAUAUCGAGUCCACUCACGCCGUAAUCUAAAAGUAGAAGAAACAAUGUAAAAAUUACAAAAUAACUACUGAAUGAUUUUUACUUUAAAAUCUUCAUUUCAAUUCUAUGUAUUUGUUUCAUCGUGUUUAUUCGUAUCGUUAUCAUUGAUAUUAUUAUUAUUAAUAUUAUAUUAGCACUGAUAAACUAAUGGUAAUGAUGAUAGUAAUAGUUAUGAUGCUAUUAAAGUGUAAUAUAUUCAGAUUUUUCUGACUUUUUCAUUCAUCUCGUACGUAAAAUUACGGAAGAAAACUUUUAACAAAAUAGGAACCUCAUCUCUAUAUUAGAGAUGCUUAUAAAACUAUAAUAUUGAAGUAUAGAUAAUUGAUAAUAUUAAUAAUAAUAAUAAUGAUAAUAAUAAUGAUAAUUUUAACAAUAAUUUUAACAAUAAUUAUAAUAUAAAUACGUAUUUAGAUAGGCAUCAGGUAUAAUAUUGGACGGUCUGCGAUCGAAAUAUGCUUCCGAAACAUUGAACUUUUAUUUUCAAAACAGCAUAAUGUGUAUUAAGAAUUAUGAUAGCACGUACAGUGAUAGUUCUGUUAGUAAGUAUAUGAUAUUAUACUUUAGACAAAACGAGCCCAGUUUAUGUAUUAUUAUCAUCUAACAUUUCAAAUAAUAUAAUAUUAGCUAGCGCACUUUAAGAUUUCAUCGAAAUCUGAUCACAUGAGGAUUCACAAUAAUUCACCAUGUUUGAAGAACUUCAUGCAAAAAUGAUAUAUUAAACGUAUGAUAUACCUACUAUCACAGAUUAUUACGCUAAAUAAGUAAAAGAGAAAAAAAAGUCUAUUUGGAAGAUUUUUUCACUGCAGAAAUAAAACGUUUGAGUUUCCUUAAAUUAUUUUUUGUCACUAAACCUUUUUUCCUCGGGACCUAAAUAAAUUAAUCCCUGGUGGUGAUAAUUUGACAAUUUAAAAAACAAAUUUUAUCCUCAUACCAAUUGGCUUGGAAAAGGUACCUUUGUUUCAUUAGGGGGAAGGGGGGGCGGCAUCACAAAAUGUUGAUUCUCAAAUCUGAUUUUGAACUUGGUAGGAGGAUAAUUUCUAUAAAUUAUGUCUGCUUGAAUAAAUAUUCUCUGACUACUUAGAUUACGUAGAAAGAAAAACUUUACACAAUAAACGUUUAAAUAUAUAAAUGAUUAAACUAUGUAAGUCUCGAAAACCAUGUAAUUUAUAUUAUAUUCACGUGUAUAAUAUAUGUACUUUAACAAGUAUAUAUAGUAAGACGGAGAUUGUGUAGACAACAAUUUAAAUUAUUACAAAGAAAAGAAAAAAACGAUAAGAAUUGAUUGAAAUAAAAUAAAAACACAUUAUUUAUUAUUCACAUAAA